AGAGUGAAAACUUCUAGAAGAAAAUUUAGGAGAAAUAAUUCAUGAUCUCGAGUUAGGUAAAGAUUUACAUUCAACAAAAGUAUGAUCCAUUAAAGAGAAAAUGAUCAUGGACUUUUUAUCAAAAUGAAAAACUUGUGCACCUCAAAAAACUAAGAAAAUGAAAGGACCAGCUGCAAACUGGAAGAAAAUAUUUGCAAACCAUAUCUUUAAUAAAGGAAUUACAGAGUAUGUAAAGAAUUCUGACAGCUCAAUACUAUUAAAACAAGCAGCCCCAUUUGAAAAGCAGACGAUUUAAAUUUCACCAAAAAAGAUGCGUGGCUAAUACAUGAAAAGUUGGUCAGUAUCAUUGGUUAUUAGGGAAGUGCAAGUUAAGUGACAAUGAUAUGCACUGCAUACCAAGUAUUGGUGAGGCUGCAGCGAGUGGAACCAUCAGACAUUGCUGGUGGUAACAAAAUGGUGUAUAGGUACUUAAUACGUCAAGUUCCUUACAAUUUGGCAAUUCUGCUCCUAGGAAUCUACCCAAAAGGAAUGAAAAGGUGUCCACAAAGCCAUGCAAUUUGUAGCAGCAUUAUUCAUAUUGGGUUGUCAGAAAAGUCAUGACUCAUUUUUGCAACGAAAGCCAAAAAAUACGUCGUGACUUUUCAACAACCCAAUAAUAUCCUUAAACUAGAAAUGGCAUACGUGCCCAUCAGGUGGUUGGGUAAAAUGAGUCGUAUCCACACAAUGGAACACCACUGUUCAGCGACAUAAAGGAACAAACCACUGAUACAUGGUUCAACACGGGCGGACCGCAAAAACACGCUCAGUGAACGGAGAUGCAAAGGCCUACGUGGUGUAGCAUUCCAUGUAUCUGAAAUGCCCAGAAAGGUGAAUUUAUAGAGCGGUUAGUGGUUUCCUAGGACUGGCUGAAGCAGAGAUUAAGUGCAAAUGGGCAGGAAGGAACUUUUUGGGCUGAUGGGAAUUUCUUGUGGAUUUCCCACAAUGCUCCAGUUACUAAAUUGAAUUGUAUACUUUCAUGUCCCGCAAAUGUAUUACUCAAUAAAGGUGCCGCAGCCCAUCUUAAAACAUUGGGGAGAACUAUUACCUGUACGGGCUUAGACUAAACACAGAUUUAAGCGCUCAACAGGCNCAGGAGUUGGUAAAACGGCGCUUCCCCCAUGCGCCCCGCCCCCGGAGCUUCGGCUGUCGCCAUGGUGAUGGCCACUCACUUCCGGAAGCAGUACGGCGCGCGGCGAGGGCCAUUUCCGGCACGCACCACAGCUAGCGGACCGGUCUCUGAGGGGCGAGUUGCGGUGUUGGGUCUCCCGGCGCGUUGCCUCCCAGGCCGGCCUCGGGACUCUCGCAGGGCCGCCCGGAGCCCGCUCGUAAGGCCCGGACGCCGGGCUCGAGGCGGCGCGGCCAUGGACUUCUCCAAGUUCCUGGCGGAAGACUUCGACGUGAAGGAGUGGGUCAACGCGGCCUUCAGGGCCGGCCCCAAGGAGGCGGCGGCGGGCAAGGCGGACGGCCACGCGGCCACGCUGGUGAUGAAGCUGCAGCUGUUCAUCCAGGAGGUGAACCACGCCGUGGAGGGUGAGCGGCCGCCGGCGGAGCUGCGGGCCGGGGCCGGGCCCCGUGGGUCCGUGGCGGGGCGGUGGUCGCGGCGCUUCCCGCGGCGGGAGGCGAGCCCUGCGCGCGCCCAGGACCGGGGGGGCUCCGCCGGCGGCCCUUGGUCUCCGGCGCUUGCUGAGUGUGGAUCCGGGUUUCCCAUCACGGGCGGGGCUGUCAAAUUUCCUUUUGAAACUGAAGUGAAAAGAGUGCAUUUUGAGAAUAUUCAGGAAGAGUCGAACGGUCCUUAGGUUGGGCAGACGCCCCUGGACGGGCUGCGGGGAUGACCUAAGUCUGGGGAGCGUUGCUUCCGCGCAUCUUCACGGCAGCGAGGAAGGCGCGCCGGCCGGGGCGGGGGCUGGAACCAUCUUUGAAGGAGAGUCAAUUAUAAAAGAUAAUACAAGCCAGCCGCCGUUUCACCAGCCCCUCGGCUCGACGUUUGCGCUCUGUGUGUUUUAUUAUUCGGUCCAUACCGCUUGCCAGCCCCGCUGCCGGGCUCCGCGGGAAAGGCGGGUCCCCACGCCGCCCACCGGAAGCCGAGCGUCCCGGGAAUGGACCUCGUAAGAAAAGGCGGGGAGAGGGCCGCUUGUUUCGCUGCAGAUUCUUCAUGGGGACUUUGCAUCUUGUGCUAGUUAUUGAGCAUCUGCUCUGCAUGUGUCCGGAAAUGGGCCCCGGGGAUGAAAAGCGCCCCUUGCAGGAGCUGGCGGCCCUGCGGGGACGCUGUGCUGACCGCUCGGUGACAGGGAGGCGGGGCUUCACUGAGAUGAGAGCUGGAGCUGGGAAAGCUGGAAACGGCGCAGGUGCCGCCUGCCUGGGAGGGUCUUAAAUGGCUUCCUCUGCGUUAGACCUUGACCCGGGACUUCACAGGGCAAAGAGAGGGGAGGACAUCAGUCGCAUAAUAGCACAUCCGUGAGUCCUGGGUAUGUCAGGCACUGUGUUAAGUGCUGUGUGUGUGUUUCACCAAGUGGUUCCCAACCAGCGGGUGGUGAUGCCUGCCCUUCUCCCUGGACUGUUUGGAAAUCGGUGGGAAUUUCUUUAGUUGUGGAAAUGGUGAGGACUGUCACAAUGAUCGUGAC